AUGGCGUUCAAGUUUCCUGUCUGGUCAGGCUUCAAUUUCACGUCGACGCUGCAUAGUUCUGUUCCGGCAUCACUGAAGCCGGAGAAUCAGACUCUGCCUGAGGGACUUGUCAUCUGCAUCACAGGCGCCAGUCGAGGCAUCGGAGCUGAGAUCGCAAAGAUGUUUGCCGAAACAGGCGCAGCAGGCCUUGUUCUCACUGCACGAACGAGGGAAGCAUUGAAAGACACGGCUGAAACCUGUUCUCGUCUUGCACGAAACAAGGCGCUGAAGAUCUCCACUGUCGCGAUGGUCGUCGACUCCGAGGAGGAUGUCAAACGUCUCGCCAGCCACAUCCACGAUGAAUUCAACGGCCGUCUCGACGUCCUGAUCAACAACGCGGGCCUCGUCUCCACAGACCCCACCGCCUUCUCCAAAAUCGAAGACAUGAACCUCAGCCAAGUCCAAGACAUCAUGAACGUGAACUACACCGGGCGCUUCCUCACGACGAAGUACCUCCUCCCCAUACUCAAAACCUCCACAGCGAAGACCAUCGUCGACGUCUCCAGUAUCGGCUCGCAUUUCACCGGCGGGGGACCCGUGGCGUACAAUAUCUCUGCUUUGGCGGGGAAUCGAUUGACGGAGUGGAUUGCGGAUACGUAUGGAUCUGAGGGUGUGGUGUGUUAUAGCGUGCACCCGGGCAUGGUGGGGAAUGCGAAGCCGCCGCCGGGGAUGCCGGCGGAGGUGAAUGACAAGUGUGGUGAUGAGGCCGAUUUGUGUGGGGCGUUUUUGGUGUGGUUGUUGAGGGAGAGGCCGGAGUGGUUGAGUGGGAGGUAUUUGAGCGCGACGUGGGAUGUGGAGGAGUUGGUGGCGAGGAGGGAGGAGAUUUUUGGGAGGGAUAUGUUGAAGAUGAGGAUGGUUGUUUGA